AUGGCGGAGGCCAUGUGCGCAAGUGGCGCUGCCAGUGGGACCACCAGCACUUACUCUGAAUUCACCGCACUCGGCUCGGCUUAUUGGCACAAGCUGGCCCGAUAUAUACAGCAGCCUGCUAAAUGCACGGCACAUAGUGCCCCAGCACGACGCUUGCCUCUUUAAACCCAGAGCAGGGCCUCGGCUCCGGCUCGGGAGCAGGACCAAGGCCGGCAGCAGAGUUGGCGGCACAUCAAUCCAGCGCUCAAAAAACAAUGGCUGACAUCGGUAACUCACCCGCAAAAACCUACCCUCAAGUCGGUCCAGGGAGCCAGUUUCCAAUGCCAGACACUGCAUCCUCUCCCUGGUGUGCCGUACAGCACCUCCCUGUCAGCCAUGAUGAAACUGCGACGCACACAGACAGCUGGCAUCCAGCAGGACUACACUAAGCUAAUGGAGGGUAUCAAACAUCCAAGAGAACACUUGGCAGAUAUAUCCCAGGGACCCACUUCUACUCAGUAUGUGCACUGCAAAAUCGUGAGCUCUGUGAUGUGCCAACUUUACUUCACUGAGCAUAUCCAUGAUUAA